CGGCCCUGCUCAAUUUCCCCUUUCUCGCUCCUCCCCCGGCAGAUCUUGCCCUUUUCUUCUGCUCGCGAGUCGAUUGACCAUCGCGCGCGUCUAUUUCUACCAAGUACUGCACGUCUGCGAGACCACGCCGGCUAGAAGGCCGCCCUGUCCCCUUGUGGACUCCCCAUCCGCCCGAUACGCCCGUGGGCCGCGGUUGAGGCUUUGGGAAAGGGGCCUCAGAGGGUAAUUAAUGGUCGUCGUCUGGUGGCGGUAGCGGUACUAGUGGGUGGUGAAUUUGCCGCCCGCUAUGGUGACUCGGCCGCUGCUGCUGGUGUUCCUGGCGGCCGUCCUGACGGGCCUCGUCGGGACGAGGCGCACCGCCGCAGACUUUGUCCACCCGCCGCCAUUCUCCUCCACGGCCGACAGGUAUCAGGACAACCCGCGGUAUGAGUGGGGAAAGAACAUCACCGUCGAGUGGAAGUUCACGACGCCCAACGAAACCGACCUGGUGCUGGGCCUCGAGUUCCCCAGGAGGAUUGAGCAUCCCGACGACGCCACGUAUCGAAUAAUUUACCGCAACUUGUCCGAGGCCACCACGAGCAUGCCCUGGAAUGUCACCCUGAUCGGCGACGAGGACCUUGUGCCGGCCACCUUCGACGCCAUAUGCUACCUGGUGCACGUCUACGCGGGCACCACACUAGUCAAGGACCAGUCGGCCUACUUCAACGUAUCCCUCCCCCGCAAAGCAGCGCCAUCCCCGACGACCAUCACCACAACCGCGGCGGUCUCGACGCCGACCCCCACGCGGUCGACCGCGCCCUCCUCGACGGGGGGUGGCGGCGGUAGUGGCUCGACGACACUCUCCCACGGCGCGGCGGCGGGCAUCGGCGUCGGCGUGACGCUUGCCGUGCUCGUUGUCCUGGGGGGCCUGGGCUUCCUGCUGUGGAGGCGCUGGCAGAGGCGCCGCGACGCGACCCACGAGACGCCGGGGGAUCUUGGGUCUCGCGACGCUGAAGAGGGGCAAAAGCAGCAGCAACAGCUGUUGGAUACGAAGGCCGCCGGGCCGGAGCCGCAGGAGAUGGGGGGCGGUGGUGGAUGGGAGAAGCAGAAUCCGUUGGAGAUAUCGGAGCUGGACGGCGGGCAGAGCAGCUUUGUACACGAAAAGCCAUGA